UCCUGUUUCUUCUCUCAGAACUGGGUUCACCACUUAUUAUUACAUCGAGUCGUCGUCGUUGUUGUGUUGGGGGUCCUCCGAGGAAUCUUUUAUGUGAACGACGACGAUUGAACCAAAACGUGACUUAAAAAGUCGAAGACUUUGCAACGGAUUUAGAAAGAAAAGACCCAAAAGGAAGAUGCUGAAGACUGAGGCAUCUCUCUCGAGUUACUGCGAUCCGGUUACUGUAAUCGAUGUGAAUUUGGAGAGAACUGUUACGAUUGGUGAUUCGAUUGACGGCGGCGAGUUCAGUUUUGCGAAACUCAAGGAAGAAGAAGAAGAAGACUGUGGUGAAGGUGACAAAGAGGUUAUUAUUAAGAAGCUAGGGGUUGGUGAGAGAGGUGAACAAGGUUAUGGGAUUGAAAGACCACCAAGUCCUUCUAUGCAUUUAGCUGCAGGGUUAGGGAUUGAUAAGUUUGAUUUGUAUGUUGUUGAUGAGAUCAAAUUUGAUUUACCGGGUUUUGAUGAUGACAACUGUGAUGAUUACUACAAAGGCAUGCUCGAGGAGUAUCCAUUGCAUCCUUUGCUUCUCAAUAACUAUGCCAACUUCUUGGAGUAUAAAGGAGAUCUUAGUGGAGCAGAAGAGUAUUAUCAUAAGUGUACUGUAGUUGAGCCUUGUGAUGGAGUUGCUUUAGCAAACUAUGGUAGAUUAGUAAUGAAGCUUCACCAAGAUGAAGCUAAAGCCAUGACCUACUUUGAACGCGCUGUUCAAGCAUCCCCUGAGGAUAGCAAUGUUCUUGGGGCAUAUGCUAGUUUCCUCUGGGAGAUAAAUGAUGAUGAGGACGAGGACUCUCUAACCGGACAAGGAAAAGAAGAAUUUGAGAAAAAGCCUGAUGCAGCGGAAAAAAACAGCUCAAGCUUGUCAAAGACAGAAGAUGAAGAAACGCUAUGCAGAUACGCGAAAGCGUUCUGGAGUAUUAAUGGUGACCAUGAGAAGGCAUUGGUCUAUUUCGAGAAGGCCGUUGAAGCCUCUCCGAAUGACAGCAUUAUUCUUGGAGAGUACGCUCGGUUCCUAUGGGAAAUCGAAGAAUGAUCAUCAAGAAGAAGAAGAAGAUGGCUGUAAUCUAAGGUUGAUAAGCUUUUCUUCUUCAUGGAAACCGCUUGUUGUAUUAGAAGCUUUAAAAGCUUCACUCAUGUCCGUUAUGUGUUGUUGUAUUACUUGUAUAUUCAAUUCAGAAACGAGAGAAUCUCGCUAAAAACCAUUUUUAUGUUUUCUGCAGAUUCGAAUGUUUUUUACAGGAUCAAAAUUAAUGUUCCAACUAUGUAGUAUAAAUGCUUAUUGAUUCA